UGGCCACACCCAACACAUACCACACCCCUUAUUGCAAUGAGCGUGACUACCGUCACGAUAAUUGCCUGCGGUGUCACUGAUAUGAAUGUUGGCUGAUUGAUACAGCCAUAUUUCUGGAUGGGAAGCGUCUCUGAUAGUGGCUCAGGUGGCGUCGAGUGAAGCUCGCUCACGGGAGAAAGAAGCAGGCAGAGCAGCCGACGUGCAGCUCUGCCACAGGUGGAAGUCAAACACUAUAAGAUGAAACUUUUUGGACUACUGCCAUGUGUGUCUUUUGGCCACAUAGAAGCAGUACACUAACCAUGAAGGACUGCAUCUGACACAAUUUGCUGUUUUGACAUGAGGACAAUAAAUGCGGCCCCUCGUCAGAGGAGACUCCGACGCAGUCGUGUCUUCUUCUUCAUCUCAGGUGUGCUCUUGUGUUUCUUCUACACGCUGACACUGAAAGCCAGGCUGUCAAACCUCAGAGUGUCACUCUCCAUCCAUACGCGGGACAUUGUGGAAAAAAAAGGAGGAGAUGAAGCUGUUGAGGAGGUCAGCGUUCCAGAAUUAACAGCACCUAAUGUAACACAGGAACAAGUCCGGUCACCCAAGAGUACCCAAGCAACUGUGGUUAUUGUUAACAGGACAGAUAUUGAGCAGUGCAUCUAUGUGGAACCCCAAACUCCCAAACCUCCACCGCCCACCGUAGCAAGCCCCCCUCACCAACCGCCGACCAGGAAGGGCGAGUACCCGGCGGAUAUCUUCUCGGUGGAACAGCGACGUCAAGGCUGGGUGGUUCUCCAUACCGUUGGGAUGAUUUAUAUGUUUGUGGCCCUCGCUAUCGUUUGCGAUGAAUUUUUUGUCCCUACUCUGGAGGUCAUCACGAACAAGCUGGACAUCUCUGAUGAUGUGGCCGGUGCCACCUUCAUGGCAGCCGGUGGCUCAGCUCCGGAGCUUUUCACUUCCCUGAUUGGCGUUUUUGUCUCCCACAGCAACGUGGGUAUCAGCACAAUCGUAGGCUCGGCGGUCUUCAAUAUCCUCUUCGUGAUAGGCAUGUGUGCCAUCUUCUCUCGGGAGAUGUUGCACCUAACCUGGUGGCCGCUCUUCCGGGACGUGUCCUUUUACAUUUUGGACCUCAUGAUGCUCAUCAUCUUCUUCCUGGAUAACACAAUUCUGUGGUGGGAGAGCACCAUGUUGGUACUGGGCUACUUAAGCUACGUGUGCUGCAUGAAAUUCAACAGCCAGAUUGAGCGCGUGGUAAAGACACAGCUCAACAAACAUGUGAGCAUCGUACAAGCCUGGACCACUGAUGAGCCUGACAAGGAGGGUGAAACGUUGCCGCCUUCUCCUCGUCCCCCUCCACCUACCGCUCCUGCUGCUAUGUCCAUCGACGAGGGUAAAUCUGGAGAACAACCAGAGCCAACUCAGAGCGCUCUAGUGAGCAAACCGACAGAUCUCCAAGGAGACAAAGCCAAACUCAAGGUGCGUCCUGCCCUGCAGCGAGGCGGGAGCUCAGCCUCCCUCCACAACACCUCGUUGAGGAGCACCAUCUUCCAACUGAUGAUCCACACCCUGGACCCUCUGGGGGAAGACUCAACCCUUGGAGGGGCACACAUACCCCCUGGCGCGAGAAGAACUAGGGGAGAGACGUCUUUUAACGGUGACAUCAAAGCAGAGGGGUUCAUGCAGAAAAAAGAUGACGAUCACGAGCCAAAAUGUGAGAAGUGUCCGCCUGGUACAGAGGAGCCGUCGACCUCCCAGCCUCCAGCUGAGCAGGUGCCAAAGAACAUGACAGACAAACAGGAUGGGUCAAAGGAAAGCUCAGGUGGCGGAAGUGGAGAUGAGAGCACUGACGCAGAUAGCAAUGCAUCGAGUGAAAGUGAGGAUGAUGAUGGAGACAAAGAGGAAGAGGAGAACGAGCCCUUGUCUUUAGAUUGGCCCGAAAGCAGACGAAAGCAGGUCACUUACCUGCUCCUGCUGCCCAUCGUGUUCCCGCUGUGGCUCACGCUGCCUGACGUCCGCAACCCGACAUCCAAGAAAUACUUUGCCUUUACAUUUAUUGGCACAAUCUUGUGGAUUGCAGUUUUCUCCUACCUGAUGGUGUGGUGGGCACAUCAGGUGGGUGAGACGAUAGGUAUCUCGGAGGAAAUCAUGGGUCUCACCAUCUUGGCAGCCGGUACGUCCAUCCCUGACCUCAUUACCAGUGUCAUCGUGGCUCGCAAAGGUCUGGGUGACAUGGCUGUGUCCAGCUCAGUUGGCAGCAACAUCUUUGAUAUCACUAUCGGUCUGCCAGUCCCAUGGCUCUUGUACUCGCUGAUGCACAACGGUCAGCCAGUGACUGUCAGCUCCAACGGCCUGUUCUGCGCCAUUGUGCUCCUCUUUCUUAUGCUACUCUUCGUCAUCAUCUCCAUCGCCACGUGUCACUGGAAGAUGAGCAGAACGCUGGGCCUCACCAUGUUCGCCCUCUACUUUGUGUUCCUCGUCCUCAGUGUCCUACUGGAGGACCGCGUCCUUGUUUGCCCCGUCUCCAUAUAACAUGAUUAUGUCAAAACUGCAUUAGGUCCUUUUUCAUACUAAUUAAGCUACGACCCAAUUUAACAUUGGGUGCAAAGGUGACUCUGAAGGAAACAAAUGUACAGUGGUACCUUGACAAUGAGUUUAAAAGUUACAAGGCUAGCCAUUUAGGAAGGAGAUGAAGGCAGCAAGCUUCACAACAUCUGGCCACAAUCAGUUCACACUGAUUACUUUGCAGUGGAAGUACAAAUGCAAUUGUGGUUUGUGCCAGCAGUUUCUGAUUUUUGUGCAGGUAUUUCACAACAUUUCUUUCUUCUAACAAUGGAAUGGAAAAAAUAUACGUUGGAUUAAAGAACAGGUGUCUAACUCACGGCCCCGGGGACAGAUCCUGCCCGCCACAUCAGGUUUUGGGUCCCUCAAAAGCAAACAGUCAGGUUUCUUGCUAAAAAUACAAAAAUCGCAAAUUGUCUUCAAUUUCACAAAGAUUUGUCUCUAAUUUGUCUUUAAAUGAGAGCAUGUAUGAGAUGAUAGCCUUCCAAGGGUCUUUUUUCAAAGUCUGAAGAUGCAAUGGAUGGUAGCAUUGGGUGCUUUGUUUCCCAUGAUGCAAUCUUACCAAUCAGGCUCUUGUAGAAACCUACAAACUGUAGAAGCAGAAGUUCUAGGCAACAGCAGUCCCAAGAAAGAAUCCCACGAAGCAGCACUAAAAGAAAUAAUAAUACCAACACCAAAAAAAGAGAAUGCUGCAGAAUGUGGCUAUGAUCCUGCUUAUACAUUAUACACGAUGUACCAAAAUCUACCCCCCCCCCCCCCCCAUUCAUUGAGAAGCUAGAAUGGAUUAAUACCAUUUGUGUUGACUUCUCGUAUUCAAGGUACCACUGAACAAUGAAAGUAAAAUUGCCACACAAUCUGUGCAUUGAUUGUUCAAAUAUUCAACAAUUCCGAGGGGGUAGUUACAAGACUAAAAACCAAAACUUUGGUUUGCCCUAAAGUGAAGAACUUUUUUUUCUCAAGUGAUAAUUGCACAUAAUCCAAUUGAUUCCAAUACCCAACGUUAUUAAGGCAUUCACCUAGUGCAGGGGUGUCAAACUCAUUUUUGUCGCAGGCCGCAUCAUAGCCCUAGUUUCCUUUGGCGGGCCAAUAUAAUUGUAAACUGAUACACAGUACAGACGACACAACAAACUAACGAAUGAGUAGUUUUGAUAUCAGACUAAUAAAAAUGCAUCAAAUAUUUUAAAAAGAUUGCUAGCAAUAUCUAUUUUUUUAAUUGAGGACCAUUUGUACUCGAUGCACAAUUUGUCUUGGCGGGCCACACCAAACGAUGUGGCUGGCCAUAUCUGGCCCGCGGGCCUUGAGUUUGACACAGAUGACCUAGUGAGUAUUCUCCAGUGGUUUAAUGCAAGCAAAAAAACAACAGAAAUAGCUCCACAAAAUCAUAAGGUUGUACCUCAGCUGAAGUUCACAAAACGUCUCUGCAAAGAAAACAAAUAUUUUAGCCUUGAACCACUAUGAAUGAGUCUGCCCGUGGGGUGGUAACGCAUUGCUCCCGCCCUGCCAAGCAGUGUCCCCCACCUUGUCCCUCUGAAACAUACCCCUUGGGCUGAUCAGCAGGUGGUCACCCUAGUUAUUUUGGCGAACUUAUUGACAAGUAUCAGCUUGGUUAAACUAAGUUCCCACUGAGCUAUUAGAUUUUCUCUGCUGCUCGCGUCCGCCUCCCUCUUAAAAUGGGCAGUUAAGGCUUUUUUGUAACUGACCGAUACAUCUUCUCAAGGUGCAAUUUACAUAUUACAUACACGUGGACAAAAUUGUUGGUACCCCUUAGUUCAUGAAAGAAAAAGUAAAGUAAAAAUUCUGUAAAAAUUAACCAGUGAAAGUCAGGCAUUGUUUUUAAACCAUGCUUCCACAGAAUUAUUUUUAAAAAAGGAACUCAUGAAACAGGUCUGGACAAAAAUGAUGGUACCCCUGAAAAUGAUAUGACCAAAGGGACAUGUUAAAUCAAGGUUUCCACUAAUUACAACACUGGUGUCAAUUACAAUCAGUCAGUGGGCCUAUAUAUUGGGAUACUGGUAGUCACUGUGCUAUUGGGUGACAUGGUAUGUACGACAGUUAUUUCUGUGAUUAUUCUGGGGUUUCAUUGUAUUAAUUGAGGGGUACUAACAAUAUUUUCCAAAUGCAGCAUUGUUAGAGUUGACAGCCUAAAGGUAUUGUGCUACUGUAUAUAACUUGUGCCAGUGUGGGAAUACAGAUGUAGUUUUGUUGAUAGAAGCUCACAGUUUUGCUGAAAAUUGAUUUUUGUGUCUGUCAUAUGGUGUCUAAAGUAUGGUGUCAUAUUGUCUCGUUAAACAGUUGUUGAACUGAAAUGGAUGCAAAUAGAAAGAAAACAUUUUUUUUUUUAAAACAUUCUGCAAUAAAAAUAUUUUUAACAGCCUCAUCUUUGUUAACU